CUUACCUGCGCAUUGAUCUCCAUCCAGUCGCAUGGUAAGACCCGCGAAUCACAACGCAUGAGUCGCCUGCGAUCUAGGUAUAGCCCACAUGGGCAUCGUGAGUAGUUGUGGUCAAGUCUCGAAUUGUGUAGGAGUGAAUAAAAAUAAAACUUUCCACAGUGCUGGGCAGAUAAAGAAAUAGCCGAGUGACGUUGUGUCGUUGCCCUGCCAGCACAGAACGGUUUCGAAAACCAUUGUCGCAGUGCCAGCACUCACGACACCUAGACCGACUUCUUGUUGCUAGAGACUGUAGAGGUCGCUUCUUUCUUGGGUUCAUACUACCAGUGUUCUUAUAAACUCAUAUACAUGAAAGCGGCACAGACGCCGUAAGUUAUUCGCCUCUGUCCAUCAACUCACCAUAAACAUUGGUCGUUGCGAUACCCGGUCCAAUGCCGCAGCGGUGAUCCUUGCCCACCUCUGGCCUGUGCGAGUCCCCACGAUUCCCUUACGAUGCGCUCCGCAGCGGCCUUCCUCCUCGUCGUCCUUGUCAACACUGCGCAUGCGGUCAAUCCCAACGAUGGCUUCUCGCUAUUCUCCGAAUCUCUAUUCGGACUGUCGAACAAUGAAUUGCUAGUCAAACGCUCAGGAUGCGGGUCGGGCUACAAUGCAUGCUCCGGCUUCGGCGCAAGUUCCGUAUGUUGUCCAACUGGCACCAACUGUGCCUUGGAUGACGCUGGCCAUAUCGCUUGCUGUCCGACGAACGCGAAAUGUACAGGAACAAUAGGUGGAACAGCCACUGCUUCUGCCACAUCUAGUAGCUCGGAAGGCACCACGACGACUUCCAGCACCACGAGUACAACCACUUCCGCAACCACAACCACUGGGGUCGCUGGGGGUGGCUCAACUGUCCCAAACAAUUACUAUCCAUUUGUCUACAUCCCCACGUCCUACGCCAAUGCAGCUCUAUGUACCAGCGCAUAUUCGAGUUGCCAAACUGCUUCGACUUCCUGUUUUGCUUCACUUGCUGGUGCAAACGGCGUCACGAUAUCGGGACUCGGUGGUGGCAUCACGGUCGCAGGUACAUCGGGAACGGUAUUGAGCUCGGCAAGCAGCAUUUGUAGCUCCCUCAGCUCAGAAGGGUGUUAUAAUCUCAAAGAAACACAAUGCAGCAUGUUUGGAACUGCAUCUGGCUCUACUACAGUUACUACAACUGCAUCUUCCACGAGCGGCGGCUUUGUCCAGGUGGGUAAUGAUGGCCCUCGACGGACCGCUUGUCCCCGAAUGCUUUACGCUGCUGGCGCCGGCGCCGUGUUUGGCGCAAUGGGAGGACUUGUAUAGAACCCGUCCGAUCUCUCUCCCUUGAGUUGGCUAGACGGAGAUAUGACGACGAAACGAGUUUGUUGGUUGCAAUUGUGACAGGUGUUCAGCAUAAUGGACCAUUCCUUUUGCGAGAACAACAUACAA